AUGAGCCAGCAGCAGCCCGGCCAGACUCUGGCUUCUCAUCUCAUCGCGCAGACCAUCUCCAGCGUCCAGCUGCUUGAGAGCCUGGGCCUCAUCCAGCAUGCGGACGCCGAGGUUAUCCGCUCCAAGCUCCCGAAUCCGUACACGACAUUCCCGUCGCUGGUCACGGCGGCCUCCACCGGCAGUGGGUAUCCGGCUCUGUGCUCUGUGGUUGCCAUGAUGGCCACUGAGGCGUCCGACCUGUUCUGA